GGUGCAUGCGCGCUCGGCAGCCUCCUCUCCACUCCGCGGCAGACAUGGGAGCUCUGCGCGCCGCUCUCCUCCUGCUGCUGCUGCUCCUCAUCUCGCCCUGCGGCUCCACGCACGGAGGUGACGCAGAGCACCGGGACGGGGAGGAUGAGGGUGACGUGGGCAGCGACGCGAGGCUUCUGGGAGACGGAGUCGAUGACGGCGGUGCGGACGAGCGGAGCGACGGUGAGGACUACGGGGGUCUGGAGGGCGGCGACGAGGGCGGCGACGAGGGCGGCGACGAGGGCGGCGACGAGGGCGGCGACGAGGGAGGCGACGAGGGCGGCGACGAGGAGGAGCAAGUGACUCCGGACGGUACCACCGCUCCAACAGACGGCGGCGGAAUCGACGAGGAGGAGGAGGAGGAGGAGAGGCCGGGAGGGACGGCCGAAGAAGAGACGGAGACUGCACACGGGGAGGACGGGAACGAGGAGGAGGAGGAGGAGGAGUCGCCUGAGAAGAGCGAAUCUUCACCUCGUCGCGACGAUGGCGGCAGCCGUGACGACGACGGCUCCUCGUCCACGGAAAGCCCGCCAGUGCUGCGGGCGCUGGGGGGCACGGGCGACGGCGCCCCCUGCGCCUUCCCCUUCCUCUUCCUGGGCCGCGAGUACACCGCCUGCACCACCGACGGGCGCGACGACGGCCGCCUGUGGUGCGCCACCACCUACGACUACGGCCACGACGCCCGCUGGGGCUUCUGCGAGACCGACGAGGAGGCGACGAGGAGGCUGCGUCUGCAGGAGGCGGAGGAGGUGUACCACUCGGCCAUGCGCGUCAUCAACGGCACGGGCGGGAAGAGCCGCAAGCGCGAGGGCUACAAGCUGCUGGAGCACGCGGCGGAGCUGGGCAGCAUGCGCGCCGCCGAGCGGGUGGCGAUGGCGGCGCUGUUGGGGGAGUACGCGCGGCAGGACGUGAGUGCGGCGCUCUCCUCGCUGCAGGCGCUCGCGCAGGGCGGCUCCCCCAGGGCACAGACGGCGCUGGGGUUCGUGUACGCCACCGGCAUCAACGUCAACUCCAGCCAGGCCAAGGCUCUGGUCUACUACACGUUCGGGGCACUCGGAGGAAACCUGAUGGCUCACAUGAUCCUUGGUUACCGCUACUGGGCGGGUGUCGGGGUUGCUCAGAGCUGCGAGUCGGCACUCACUCACUACCGCACCGUGGCCAACCAAGUGGCGAGUGACAUCUCUCUGACGGGCGGCUCGGUGGUGCAGCGGAUCCGUCUGCUGGACGAGGCCGAGUCCCCCGGCUCCAGCUCAGCCAUGCUGGACGACGACCUCAUCCAGUACUACCAGUUCCUCGCCGAGAAGGGCGACGUGCAGGCGCAGGUGGGGUUGGGCCAGUUGCACCUGCAGGGCGGCCGAGGGGUUGAGCAGAACUUCCAGAAAGCAUUUGACUACUUCCGGCAAGCGGCGGGCUCCGGAAAUGGCAACGCGCUGGCAUUCCUUGGCAAGAUGCACUCAGAAGGCUCGGACGUGGUCCCCCAGAACAACGAGACGGCGUUCCAGUACUUCAAGAAGGCGGCCGACAUGGGCAACCCCGUGGGGCAGAGUGGGCUGGGCAUGGCGUACUUGUUUGGCCGCGGCGUGCCAAUCAACUAUGACCUGGCCUUCAAGUACUUCCAGAUGGCGGCGGAGCAGGGUUGGGUGGACGGGCAGCUGCAGCUGGGCACCAUGUACUACAACGGGCUGGGCGUGCGCCGGGACUACAAGAUGGCCAUCAAGUACUUCAACCUGGCGUCGCAGUCGGGCCACGUGCUCGCCUUCUACAACCUCGCUCAGAUGCACGCCACGGGCACCGGCGUCAUCCGCUCCUGCCACACAGCCGUGGAGCUGUUCAAGAACGUGUGCGAGCGGGGCCGCUGGGCGGAGCGCAUGAUGGGCGCGUACGGCGCGUACCGCGAGGGCAACGUGGACGCGGCGCUCGUGCGCUACCUGCUGCUGUCUGAGCAGGGCUACGAGGUGGCGCAGAGCAACGCCGCCUUCAUCCUCGACCGCAAGGAGGCUCGAGUGGUGAAUGAGAGUGAGACGUACCCACGAGCGCUGCUCUACUGGAACCGCGCCGCCUCGCAGGGCUACACGGUGGCACGGCUGAAGCUGGGCGACUACCACUACUACGGCCACGGCACGGAGGUGGACUACGAGGCGGCGGCCAUCCACUACCGCCUGGCGUCGGAGCAGCAGCACAACGCGCAGGCCAUGUUCAACCUGGGCUACAUGCACGAGCAGGGCCUUGGCAUGAAGAGGGAUAUCCACCUGGCCAAGCGUUUCUACGACAUGGCGGCGGAGGCAAGCGCCGACGCUCAGAUCCCCGUCUUCCUCGCCGUGUGCAAGCUCGACCUGCUCUACGUACUCGAGUUCCUGGAGCACAGCAACCUGCUGGAGUCGUGGCGUCAGCUGGACCUGGACCGGCUGCUGGGCCCCGAGUGGGACCUCUACCUCAUGAGCGUGCUGGCCCUGCUGCUGGGCACCAUCAUCGCAUACCGCCAGCGGCAGCAGCAGCAGCAGCAGCCGCAGCAGCAGCAGCCGCUGCAGCCUGCGGCAUAAUGGGCACAACAUCCCACGCAGGUGAUUGGAACAGUCAGCGCAACAAUCGCGACAGCCGGCACAAAACAAUCACAACAGCCCCGGGGGAAGCCAGUGAUUGAAGCAGCCCCCGUACAGCAAUUGGAACGGCCCACGUAUCAUGAACAACCCCCUUCCAAGUCAUUGGAGCGGCCGCCACGGCGACGGGAACGUCCACGCGAGCGUGACAACCGUCUCAACAACGGGAGAAAGGCGCACCCUGUGGAGAAGAAGCACCAGCGGCAGCGGCAGCGGCGGCGGAGCAAGUCUCGGAUCGCUCCGGCGAGUUGCAGAUCAAGGUCCCGGCUGUUAAACGUGCGUCGUGCGACGUGAUGCGUUUUAUUUGUUUUGUCGCACGUGUUUGUUAUUUAAUUGGUCGCUGAGAAUCCGCGACGCCGAGAGGAGAAGGAGCUUCGCCUUCUCACUCUGAGCUCUUGGGGGACCCCCCCCCCCCCCAGGGCACAGGGAAAGUGCCCUGGCCCAGACCCUGACCAAGCACCUUCAAUAGAGUAAUGAUGACCAACCCCGACACUAACACCAUCCGUGAACCCGACACAGACCCUGAACAGAAGACGACCUGAUUUUGACCCUGACAGCCAGCCCCUCUCUUCCCCCCUCCUCACCGUUAACAUCACCAGCCUAACCCUGGCAUCAACCCGACAACACAAGCCCCCCUCAGCCUACUAACGUCUCCAACGUCGAUCAUCUCGAGCACUUACACCACGGCCAGCCCCCAACUAAGCUGAAACCUCUAACCCACACUCUAACCCACACACUCUAACCCACACUCUAACCCACACUCUAACCCACACUCUAACCCACACUCUAACCCACACUCUAACCCACACUCUAACCCACACUCUAACCCACACAU